AUAAAUAAGGCGCCAAAUUUCACACUCUUCGAGAGCAAAGCAGCAGCCAUGGACGCGAUCCGAAAUUCCCGCAAACGGAACCACCGUUCUCCACCACCGUCUUCUACUCUCACCCGCAGCAGAACACAGCUCCUUUUACACCGUAACCGCUCCGGUCCGAUCCGCUCCGAUCCUGUUCCGAUUCAAGAAAAACACUAUCCCGUUCCUGUUCCUUUUGUUGGAAAUGUUGCAACUCAAAGGUUUUCCGAUUUGUAUAUUUGCAAGGAAUAUUGCGAAUCGGAUUCGGAUGACAAUGUUCUUGUUAAGGAUCUUCGCAAGAAAGCCAAACAUGGUGACGGUGAUCUUGCAUGCGCUAAGACGAAGGACCUUCGUGCAAGGCGAGUUUAUUCUCCGCUGUCCAGUGCUGGUGCUUCUUCAGGUGUAAUUGGAAGCGCGCUGUCCAAUGUGAGUGCGGUUGAUUCCGAUGAGGAAACAGCCAAAUUAGGGUUUGGAUCGGAGUCAAGUACACAAAACGUUGUGAUUGAACCGACUGAGGUUCCUGAAUUAGGGUUUGGAUCGCAUUCAAGUGGUAAAAAUGGCAAUGCCCGUGUCAUUGAUGGGAAGAUCCAACCGGCUGAGAUUACUGAUUUGGGGCUUUCUUGUGAGCCUCAGAAUUUUGAUCGGGGAAACAUUGAAUCGUCUUAUGAAAGUCCAAAAUUGCAAGUUCACGUGCAAAAUGGUGGGGGAAAUGGUGGUGAUUGUUCAGAGAAAAUCGAUGAUUUGGGUGAAGAACAUGUAUUAACAACACCACCUGAUGCUGUGAUUUGCAGUAAUAUAGAAGUUAACACAGAUGCGAGGAAAACAGAAGAGACUCUUCUUACUGAGGGCUUUUCGGGUACUAAAGAUGGCCUGAGAAAUAGUUCCAUUCUCAAGAGCAAAUCUGUACUCAAACCACGUUUACCAGGGAGAUUGUUCAAAGCCCCGGGUUCAGUCAAUUACAGAAGGCUAAUGAAUAUUAUGGGAGCUGAUUUCGGUAUACCAAAAUUGAGUGGACAAGGAUUGAAACUUCCUUUGUCAUCUGAUAAUCAUGAAGGUUCUAAACCUGAAACUGUGACUGAUAGUUGUAUCAUGCGUGAUACUGAGGAAGUGAAUGACGAGUGUUUAUCUAUGCCAUCUGUGGAUUUGAAUGAUAAAUGUUCGAGUGAAUCAAAGGUGGAUCCAACUGCAGGUUUUUGUGGUGCUAGAGAUGUUGGAAAUGCUUUGGACCAUGGUGACUAUAAGCAAGGUUCUAUCAAUGGGAACAAUCUCGAUUGUGAUAAGGCUACUAAUCAGAACAGUGACUCAGAGCAGCUUGAUGUUUUGAAUGAAGGUUGUACAGCAAUGGCUCAUGACAAUAUAGUGCUCAGUGUAGACCAAAUGCAGAUUAUGCCCAAGGAUGCGUGUCACGUCAAACCUAUGGAUUUGACCAAGAGCACUCAGGAAAAUGCUAUUGAAGCUUUAUGCCCCAAAGCCGACACGAGGAAUGAACCUCUUAAGAGUAAAUAUGUGAAUAGACCAUAUUUGCAUGGGAAGCUGAUCAAAACCCCAGGUUCAGUCAACUAUAAAAGAUUGCUUCCAUAUUUGAAGAAUCUUACCAAAGAUGACUCUGCUGAUUUUACAGGUACAUCAAAAUUUGGUGAUCAGACUCAUCAUAACAAAGAUGGGGCGAAUUUGUAUGCACAGGAAUUCCAACUUCCUUUGCCUUCUCAAAGUGAAGAAGCUUCUAUGAACAGAAAAAUGUCGGUUUGUGACCUUGUCCAGGACAGAGCUGACUCUAAUGCUUUGGAAAAUGACAUCUUAGUCAAUCCUGCUAAUAUGUCAUCUCAUGGCAACCGGCCAAAAUUGACAUCUUCCCAAGACUUCACUGAAUUGCCAAUGCAAUUGGAUGCAAAAGAAAUGGUACAUGAGUGUUUAUCUGGACCAUCUGUUCAGGUACAUUCUGAGAAAGCUGAGAUCAGUUCCAAAGAUGAAUGCUUGAGUGAAUCAAUGAUCGAUCCUUGUUCAGUAAUGAUGGAUUUUCACUGUGCUAAGACUGUCCCAGAUGGUGGCUUUAACCAAGUACACAACACAAUAUCUAGACAAAACUCUAGUGAGCCACCACCCAAAGACCAAAAUUUGCUUAAUAUUAAUGAUGAUAUCCCCAACAUUUCUUUCAAGCAUCAUUCGAGCAACGAAAAAGGAUUCACUGUUGAUUAUGAUGAAAGAGAACAAUUUGUGAAUCUGGAGGAGCAUGAAUCUGUUAGUAGAUGCCCUCCUAAAGGUCAGAGUCUAUGUCAAUUGGAUCCUAAUAUGCUAGACACGAAGGAGAGUGAAACAAGCGGCCAUGCAAUCAGCAAAAGUGAUGAUGCAGUGGUUUUAAGUCAUGUCAGCAUCUCAAAUGAAAAACCUAGACCAGAGUUGCCAGAGAUUGCAGCACAUGGUGGUGAUAAAGCAGGAAGUCUUCUGAAUGGCCUAGUUUAUGGUUCAAAGAUGCCUUCAAAAGGAAGCAAUAAAAAAAAUGCUAGUUUUUCUGGUGAGAUUGAAAAUGGAUCUCAAUCCAAGACAACACAGGUUCUAAAUCGCUGUCCACGGAUGAAGUUAUUUAAACAUACUGGAUCUUUCAACUACAAAAGAUUGCUUCCGAUUUUGUUGGAAACUGUUGAGUCUAAUUCCUGUGCUUCAAAUAAUGAUCAUCACUCAAAAGUUCAGAAGCUUUUGGAUCACAGACCACUUCCAAUUUCAGAUGGUUGUGUUUCUAUGGACGAUAGUACAGGCAAUUCUGGUGCUCAGCAAGAAACAGAGUUACAAGCUUGUGAUUUAAAUAUCGAUAGUUCAAGCCCAAUAUCUCAAUUACAAGAUAAACAGAUUAUAUUAAAUGGACUGUACCAGCUGGAGAACUCCGUUGGUUCACCAAUUUCUGUUCAUAGAGAUUUACUAGUCACACCUUCAGGACCUAUAACUGAUGAAGUUAUAACUAGAGAAGAAGAGGCUACACCUGUCUUGUCUACUGAGGAGAAAUCACCUGAAACACUUGGGUGUUUGUCCAAACUGAAAGUCACAGAUCAAUUUAGAUCCCCUGCUGCUGAUUUCCGGAAAGGAAUUUUGAGAAGAAACCCAAGAGGAUGCAGAGGGCUUUGCACAUGUUUGAAUUGUGCUUCUUUUCGCCUUCAUGCAGAAAGAGCAUUUGAAUUUUCUAGAAAUCAGUUGCUAGAUGCCGAAGAGGUUGCCCAAGACCUUAUGAAGGAAGUAUCCCAUCUCAGAAACAUGUUAGAAAGUUAUACUGAUAGUGAUAGUGUCAAUGAUACUCCUAUUUUUAAUGGAAGUCAGGUGAAAGAAGCCUGCAGGAAAGCAUUUGAAACCGAACAACUUGCAAAGGACCGUCUUAGCCAGAUGAAUGAUGAUCUUAACAUACAUUGCAGAACACCGAAUCUGCAGCGACCAAGUGUCAAAUUUUCAGAUCAUGUCAAGGAAAAAAUUAUUCAAUCAGACAGAUAAAAAUGACUAGUUGCAUCUUUACACUACCUAUCAUCAGCACAGAAAUUUGUUUGUAGGAUUGGAACAAAUAUCAGGUUAGUGUUGGAAAACCAAAUAAUGGGCAAGUAUCUUGUUACUUGAUAUUUCUAGUAGUAGGAGGAAAAAGUGAUGGAAAUUAAGAAGAACCUUAUAGAGAUUUGUUUAGUUGGUUUGCUGUAGAUAUAUAUAUUUUUUUUUACAGAGUUGCAAUAUUUAAACUGCUUCAAGAAAAUUUGACUUGUUUGUUU